CUGACGCUCACGGUGGACGUUGGCGAUGCACUACAAAGCGAUGUAACUUACAGGGCGACACUGCCUACACGUGUGUUGCGGAAGCCUAUUUAUCGGGGCAUGUAUCGCCCUCACAUCCUUUGUAUAGAUCGCCCCAUCUCGACCACUUCCACUCGACAAGAUUUUGACUCAGACCCGGAGGGACGCUUCAUCGGUCCACUGGUAGGAUGCCACCGCACGGCAGUGAACUGACUGCUUGGGAUGUCUACGCGAAGCAACUCCUGAUACUGGGUCACGGAUAUCCUCUCUGGGAUCCUCGGCCUGCCAAUUGCGCAAAGGGUGUGCAGAUUGGCGAUGUCGGGUACAUCGACAACGGUGCCUUCAUUCGUAUAUUCAACGCAAUGGCGAACCAAGACGAUGACCUGAACGCUGGGCAUGGCGUUCCUAGCAAUUAUCAACCAUUCAUCAGAGGAGACAGAUCUUCUGUGGUGAACACGCCGGACGCGAUCGUGGCAGGUACACUCUGUAGCAAGACUAUUCGGCAGCUGGGCGGGCAGAUCGAUGCACAAGUCAUGCACUCUGGAGCAUCCGUCGCCUUUGAGUGUACUGAUGAGCAGGGGGCGGUAUUGGUUCUGAAAGACUCGGCGCACCGCGAACAGCUGCCCAGCCGGAGAAUGAUGAACUAUCUAAAGCAGAACAUCAGGGAAUGGUACGCAUUCGCCACAUCAGACGACCUCGACUUGCCUUUGCAGAAGGAAGACAUCGUGUUUGUCUUUGGAUUCGUCAAGACUACACAAUGGGCAGUAGCAUCGUAUGUUGAGGGUGGGAGAUCUGCGAAAUUUUCGUUCACGGGUGGAUACGGACCCGCCCAUGCAAGUGCCUCCGCAUUCGCGACGGUCGGAAACUCGAGAGCACCUGUGUAUAGCUGGGGCCCCUCGGAACGUCUGUCGAAUAUGCUGCAGCCCAGUCUCAAUCCAGUACCCAGGAGGAGAGGACGUGGUGGUGGCAGACGAAACGAACCCGAUCCCGGACCGAGCGCGCCGACGCAGGCCUGGGACGCGGAUCAGUGUGUCUUCUUGCAGUACUACAAGAUGAAAUACAAGUUAGGGGUCUGGCCGACUGUCAUGAGAGGAGCGGCGGGAUACGAUGAACUUCCGCGUGGGCCGGACGAUCCGUCCACGGGAGGGCAAGGGGGAAGCCAAGAGGAUCCGUUCAUGACGGACGACGAGUCUGUUGAACGGUUGCCUGGGCGUAAGGCGUAUGAUCCGGCUGACGACAUUCUUGACUACAUCUUGAAGGCAUCGGAAGCCGCAAUGGCAGUCGCCACCGACUUCGAUAUCGUCAGGCUUUGCAGGAAACACAGCUGCGACAUACCAAAUGACAUCAUUGCGUUCCUAGACGAAGUUCGCCCGGUCAUUGAUGUCAACGAAGACGGACUCGGAAUGCUGUAUUUCGAGGAUGACCCUGUGGACUCGAUUGAUCCACCCGUUAUGGAAGAGGCAAAAGAGCGUACGGUUACUGAGCCCACACACCCUGAUAUUGACGAUAACAACCAACCCGCGCCGGGAGAAGACGAUUUCAUGGGUCAACCGGAAGAUCCAGAGUCACGAAAGCAGGAUGCGACUGCCGUGCUUGAUCAUCAAGCAGGUGGCAUAACAGCCCUUGCAUACUCCAAAGACAGCCGUCUUCUUGCCAGCGGGUCGGACGACUCUCUCGUCGAGAUCUGGAAUGUCAACAAUCGACAGAGAGUCCACGCUUGUGAAGGACACACGCAACCAAUCUCAUCCCUUGCCUUCUCGCCUGACAGUAGAGACUUGGUCUCGGGGUCAGACGACGGGAUGGCAAUAGUAUGGUCGACAUCCACGGGCGAGAAGCGGUUCGAGCUGGUUGAACAUGCAAACGACAUCUACUUCGUUGCGUACUCGCCGGACGGUAGUCUCAUUGCGACUUCAUCGGUUGACUGCACGGUCAGACUGUGGAACUCACGCAAUGGUCAGCCAAUAUCAGUGCUUCAUGGACACAACGCACUCGUCAUGCUGGUUUCCUUCUCUCCCGACGGACGGCUACUUGCCUCCGCAAGCGCAGACUUCACAGCAUGCGUAUGGCAUGUGCGUAAUGGACAAGAGAUCUCCAAGCUGACUGGGCACACGGGAGUCGUUUACUCGCUCGCGUUUGCACCAGACAACCGUCGCAUCGUGACCGCCGCAGAGGAUGGGACGGCCCGCAUCUGGAACGCAGAUACCGGAGAGGAACUCAUCACUCUGCGCGAACAUACAGGUCCCGUGUGGGCCGCGGUGUUCUCAGCUGACGGGAAGAAAGUGCUCAGUGGGGCCAGCGACGGGACGGUGAAAAUCUGCGAUUCCUUCGGCGGCGAGCUUCUCCUGUCCUUGGAAACCGGAGAUAUGCUGGUCAACGCGGUGGUCUUCUCAUCCGAUGGCAGCCGCGUCUGUGCCAGCGCAGAGGACAACUCCAUACGUGUCUGGAGUACGACAUCAGGGCAGCAGCUCACCACUUUGGUCGGUCAUGAGGACAAGAUCACUCACUUGAAGUUCUCGCCGGAUGGAAAACGCAUCGUUUCGUCGUCUGACGAUGGCAUGCUACGGCUGUGGGAUUUGGAGCGAAUGGGCGUGCAACCGGAGGCGGCGGCAUGGACGGUGGUGCCAUAGACCGAUGACCCUUGGAUGACCCGCUGCGAAGUGAUCUAUGAGAGUGUACGGGCGAGUAUUCGGACCCCUUUGGCAACUUAUGCAAGUAGCACUGUUACUAUAACGCCCCACGUUCCUGCUAUUAUGCCGAAUAAUCACAGUAUCUACUUGCGAAAUCAGAAACACACCAUCUUUCGUACUGCGAUCAGUGUGGUGCUGGCCGCAUAGGAAGGCUAGUAGAUAAUAUGAGUAGUGUUGUCAUUGA